AUGGACUCCACAUCGACUGAUAAUAUUAGAGAAGAUGUUGUUAGUCAGGUAUUAGGCAUAGACAGACCAGGAAGGCUAAGGGGAAUGGGACGAGGGGCAACGGUUACAAAGCUGGCUUUCUUACAGGCCAGGGACUCGCAUGUGCAGAAGCUUGAAGCAACUCAAGCAGAGUUACUUACUCAACUUGAAGAACUACGAAAUGUGGUUAGUGACUUAGCUGCUAAAAAGAGACAGAAUGAUGAAGAUUCAACGUCUGAGUUUAGAGACAUUAGCAAAGGUGGAAUUAGGUGCCAGCUAUUGGAUUGGUAUGCAACAGACGAUGUUGUUAUUGGGGAAGGUGAAUUCUGCUCUAGUGAGCCAAGCUAUAAAAUUGGUCGAAUUCCGUUAGGUCCUAACGCGACAGCGGUCACUGUGAAGUCUGCAUCGGUUGUAGAAGUGUGUGUGUGGAGGCCUUCUCAAACCAUUGUCGCACUAGGUCAAGCUGUCGGAAUAAAAAUCGCAUGGCCAUCUGAUAAGAUAAUCUUGGACAAUGACAUGAACCCAUCCAAACCUCCCAACACUGUAGGAUCGGAGGCAGCAGAUCAAUCAGUAGAAAGAGUUCAAAUUUUUGAUUGGAAUGACGAGAAUGACAUGAUUGUUGAGGGUGUAUUGUUGUCAACUGAUCCAAAAAAAAUUGUGAACCAUGUUCCUUUGGGGCCAAAUGUUGCACUUGUGAAAGUCAAUGUGGUGGUAAAUCCUGUUGCUUAUUUAUGGAGGCUUACUGAAAAAAUAUCCUUGAUGGGAGAUGCUUUGAGUCAGAACAUUGUAUGGCCUAUUAAGAUGAUACACUUGGCGAGUGUAUCUACACCAGAGGAGUCAACCAAGAAGUCACCUCCGAGUGGUAGCACUAGCACUGGUAAUAGCAAAGGUGCAAAACAGAAGUGCAUUCUACUAGAUUGUAAUGGCUCUGGUGAGCAUGUUGCAGUAGGGCGUGUUUCUUCCACUGAUCCAGCGGAGAAGGUACAUUUCGUCCCUUUAGGUUUGAAUGCAAGCAAGGUUUGGGUAGAAGUUUCAAAGGUUGAUAACGCAAAAGUUUGGAAACCAAAUUCAGAGGUUACAUUUGUAAGUGAUGCAGUAGGAACCACAGUGGCUUGGCCAAAUGACAAACUUAUCUUGUUGUAA